UGAACUGAUCUCUAAUGAAUAUUUUCAAACUUCUUUAAAUUUGCUAUGAAUUACUAUUAGUUUUUGUCCAAAAUAUGAAUAACCUCCUCUUUCAAAAUAUCCCAAAAAAAAAAAAUUGUAUAAACAAGAUUUUGUUAUCUCAUUAUAUCUAGGGAAAACUGAGCUUAUAUUUUAGUAAAAUAGAAAUCUAGUGAUGAUACGUUAAGUUUUAAUAAAUUAAGUAGGUCACUAUUUAAUCACAUGAGAUUUAUCAUAGUCAAAAUAAAAAAUUACAAAAUCACUCUUAUUUAUCAUGUCUAGCAUCGAUCCACUACAUUUAGGAUUAAAUUUAGGAUUUUGUUUUUGGGAUACUCCUUAAAAAAAUGAAAUCUUGAUUAAUAAGAAAAAUGAACUUCUGUCAUUAUCAAUUAAAUUAAUCCUUGGUUGUUGUCCGGUUGCAAAUUAUGAAAAUGUGAUCAUUAAUGUAGAGUUCCAUUGUACGCGGAUAUUAGUGUUAUAAAAAUCACCCUCUUGAAUAAUUCAAUAGACAACCAUAUAGAGUUGUUGAGUGUUAGUGGAAAGCAAAAUUGGCAUUGCUUGUAACAAUGCCGUGGUAUUUAUGGGUGGCUGCUGUGGUGGCUUGUGUCUCAGCCUGGUUUGGAUUAAAUCUACAGCCAUUUACCUUCAACACCCUCAGGCUCCAGCGACAAUUUGCUACCACAACAGCUCCGAGAGCACCGACGGCGGGGCCGUUCACCUUCUACAAAUUGAGUCUGCAAUGGCCACCUGCUGUAUGUAACUCUGGCGGCAUGACUUGCAAGCCUCCUAUCCCUAAAAUUUUCACCAUCCAUGGUAUUUGGCCACAAGAUAACAAUGACGUUCCAGUGCCCCCUUACGAUCCAACAAAUCCUUGUACCAGUGUCACACCUACUCCUGCAACUGAUCUCCCAACUAAGCUGAAUCCAAUUCUAAACGACUUAGUAUCACUAUGGCCAAACUUAAAGGACCCUCAGAGCACGGCGCAAAACUUCCAAUUUUGGGAGCAUGAAUGGACAAAGCAUGGAAUGUGUUCUGAUUACCCUGACCAACCUCGUGACUACUUCAACUCUGCCUUACAGCUCAGGAAAGGCUUAAAUCCUGUUAUGGGACUUACACCUGGGUCAACUUAUACGGUACAACAAGUUGCAGCUGCAGUUCAAAGUGCAGUGGGAGCCUAUCCUGAGAUUGCUUGCAACAAAGACAAAGUGACAAAGAAACUUCAACUGUGGGAGAUUCGUUUAUGCUAUAAAAGGGCAAUGCCUCCCCAGACGGUCCAAAACUGUCCAAAAAGUUUCUCAGGCCAGUGUCGAAGCCUAAGUGAUAAUAUAUAUUUCCCUAAGUAGUGCUCCUCACCUCUCGUAAAAUCUUUGAAUAAUGUCCCAAAGUAAUGGUAGUAACACUUCGGCCUGCACCACCCUCAAUAUUUAAGGUUUUUCCUUAUGUUCCCUUAUUUUUAAAGGUUAAUCAGUGUGUUAAAUUACUAUUUAAGAAAAAAAUAAGUUAACUCAUGUAAAGAUGAGAAGCUCACUUUCCUGAAAAAAAAAACAAAAGAUAAAUGAAAAUUGGUGAAAAAAAUGAAAAAAAAAAAAGGAAAUAAGGGAUUUAGAGAGAAAAGUACUGUUAAAAAAAUAAACAAAUCUAUACGAUAAAUUUUGUAAAUAAACAAAUUUAUCUGUGUGGAAAAAUGUGUACUAUUUGUUACACUUCGUCAUCAAAGAUGUGGUUAGGUUUGGUAAGAGGAAAGAAAUAAACAAUAUAAGCAAAGAAAAUGUGCAAAGAAAACUGAGGAACAGUGUGAACAACGCUUAGACCUAACCUUUCCUGAUAAUAAAAGAAACUAAAAAAGAAGUUCGAAAUCAAAUUGGUCAACACCCUAUAGCUAGGCUAGCUAUUUGCAAAUGGAUCAAACAUUUUUAUGACAAUGUCUCAUAAUUAAAAUUCACCAUAACAAAUAAAAUAAUC